UCCUCCCUCCCCAGCCUUCCCCCGCGAGCGGACGCGCCAGCGCCUCUGUCUCGCUUUUUCUUAUUUUCUCCCCCUUUCCCCUUCCUUUUCUUUUCUUUUUUUCCCCUUCCCCCCUUCCACCAUUUCCCCUCGGAGGCGUUUCCCUCGGGCAGGGGCAGAGCCGGCCUCACCCCGCGCCUCUCCCCGGCCCCCGCCGCCCUAUGGCGAGAGGGCGCCCCCUCCUCACCCGGGCACCAGCGGCGGCGGUUGGAGGAGCGGGACCGGCGGCGGCGGCCUCGGGCCCAGGGUCAUCAUGGAAUUAGUUCGCUGAGUGACCCCUCGGCCGCAGCCGUGCGUCCCGCCCGAGUACCCGCGCCCGCCGGCCCGGUUUGCCCUCUUCUCCCUCCUCAGACGGCCCGGCCCUGGUCCCGCGCGCCCCGCCGCCGCGCGCCGAGGAUCAUGAGGUGGUAACGGGCCCCCGGAUGACCCCGCGUCACCACUGUGAGGCCUACAGCUCUGCCGGGGAGGAGGAGGAGGAGGAAGAGGAGGAGAAGAAGAAGAAGAAUGUUUCUCCAUCCCAGAGAGAUGAAGUAAUUCAAUGGUUGGCCAAACUCAAAUACCAGUUCAAUCUCUAUCCAGAAACAUUUGCUCUGGCAAGCAGUCUUUUGGAUAGGUUUUUAGCUACAGUAAAAGCCCAUCCAAAAUAUUUGAAUUGUAUUGCAAUCAGCUGUUUUUUUCUGGCUGCUAAGACUGUUGAGGAAGAUGAGAAAAUUCCAGUGCUAAAGGUAUUGGCAAGAGACAGUUUCUGUGGAUGUUCCUCAUCUGAGAUUUUGAGAAUGGAGAGAAUUAUUUUGGAUAAAUUGAAUUGGGAUCUUCACACGGCCACACCAUUGGAUUUUCUUCACAUUUUCCAUGCCAUUGCGGUGUCAACUAGGCCUCAGUUACUUUUCAGUUUGCCCAAAUUGAGCCCAUCUCAACAUUUGGCAGUCCUGACCAAGCAGCUGCUUCACUGUAUGGCCUGCAACCAACUUCUGCAGUUCAAAGGGUCCAUGCUUGCUCUGGCCAUGGUUAGUCUGGAAAUGGAGAAACUCAUUCCUGAUUGGCUUCCUCUUACGAUUGAACUGCUUCAGAAAGCACAGAUGGACAGCUCCCAGUUGAUCCACUGUCGGGAGCUGGUGGCAUAUCACCUUUCUGCUCUGCAGUCUGCCCUGCCUCUAAAUUCCGUUUAUGUCUACCGUCCCCUCAAGCACACCCUGGUAACCUGUGACAAAGGAGCAUUCAAAUUACAUCCCUCCUCUGUCUCAGGCCCAGAUUUCUCCAAGGACAACAGCAAGCCAGAAGUGCCAGUCCGAGGUCCAGCAGCCUUCCACCUGCAUCUCCCCGCUGCCAGUGGGUGCAAGCAAACCUCUGCUAAACGGAAAGUGGAGGAGAUGGAGGUGGAUGACUUCUACGAUGGGAUCAAGCGGCUCUAUAAUGAGGAUAAUGGUCCUGAGAAUGUGGGUUCUGUAUGUGGCACUGAUUUAUCAAGGCAGGAGGGCCAGGCUUCCCCCUGUCCACCUUUGCAGCCUGUUUCUGUCAUGUAGUUUCAGGUGUCACCUUCCAGUGCACACUAAGGCUGACUACUCGGGGUGAGACUAGAAUACCAGGAAAGGCUGCAGAGAAGGGCAUGUGCUUUAUCAGACUGACUGAAGUGAGCCAGGGAAAAAGAAAAACACUCUUAUUCUUCCAUGCGGUUACUUACAAUUCAACGUAAUUUAAUAUAAAGGCAUAUAUUUGUAGACUCAAGAUCCAAAAUAUAUUUAAAAGUAAAGCAAA